AUGAUCUCCGCCGACGGGAAGGGCGAUGCAUUGGCCUCCAAGCUUCAAGGACAAGCCCUCACCAAGCGCUUGGAACAGAAACAAGAGGAGUUCGCCAAGAUGGUGAAAGAGGUGGAAGGCCGCUUCCGCUUGAAGAAGGAAGGCGUCGACACGGCCGCAGGCUGGGACGAGCGAAUGAAGAAACUGGAGAAGGAUGUCCAGUCUUCCUCCAAGAUGAUCACUUUCUGGCAGGAGAAACUGGAAGAAUGGCACGAAGACGUCCAGGAGCGCUGUGGGGAUGAGGUCCUGGAAGAGCUUUUGAAGCUCUCAGAGGAAGAUGCCUCGGAUCGCAAUGUGGUUCCUCUCCAUGAAGCCUUGCUGAGGCGUGCGCGUGAAGAAAAGGAAGAGCUGGACAAAUUGGAGGAGGUGCAGCGGAGCGUGAAGGAACGCUUGGCCAGUGCUAUGGAGAUGGGUGAGUUCUCCUUGCACGACCUGCAGAGGGGAGUCAGCAGUGCUAUCUCCAGCUUCCAGCAGAACAGCCUCUCAGUGGGAGUGGAUGUGGAUCAAGAGGACGACGGUGAAAGGAGCAAGCCACGUGCAUCCAUCUCGCCACAAAAACGCUUGGGCAGGCCGACGCGCAGCAAGAUGACGGCCGUAGAGGAGAAGCGUCAGCAGCUCGCACGAAUGCGGAUGAGUACCAUUUCGGCGGCCAACUUCCCGGUGGAGAAGAGGCGCACACUGAAACCACUGGUGGAGUACCGAGAGAAGAGCGAGAAGGGCGAGAAUGAGGAGUCUGGAGAGAAGUUAGGCGUUGUUUUGGAAGCGCCGCAAGAAGCACCAAGGGUGGACCCGUUGGUCGCGCGGACCAGGCGCAGCCUUUGGACCAUGCGAAGGCAAUUGGGUGAGACCUUUCAGAGGAGAAGGGCAAUCACUGACGAGAUGGGCCUGCUGUGUCGCCCGGUGGCAGCGGCAGCGGAGAUGGAGAGUGGAACGCGGGCUGAGACCAUGCCACUGGACAAAGAUCUCCUCUCGAUCCAACUUGGGUCGAGACCUAAGGUGCGGCCGACCUUGGCGUUGAACCACAAGGCCCGGCAGCAGCGGCGGAGGAACGGGCUGUUCGGCCACACUGCGCACGCGCCACUUGUUCAAGAAUUGGUUGCGUCCUCUCGCAAGGGGCAUGCAGGCACCGGCCUUCGGAAGCUGGAAGAGCUCGACCGGGAAUCGGAGGAGUCGCUCUCCGACAGGCUCAGCAGUGAGGGCAGCGAUGAGGAUCAUAGGCGCGAGCGAAGGACCUCACAUGCCUCCAACGAGGACUUGGGCAUUUGGACUGUAAGCACACCCGAGCAUCGAGCCGUGUCGAAGCUCCGCUCCUUUCGGGCGAAGUUGCUCCAGCGCUUCGGUGGAGUGGAGAAGGCCUACAUCAGGUGGGUGCCGGCUCUGACUGGCAUGACGGCCGACGUCUUUGCACAGCUGGCUGGCGUGUUGGGCUUUAGCGACGUCGAAGCCGGUGAGAUGUAUGACCUCAUGAAGCGCACGCGACCGCAGAAGAAGAGGCGCGCGAGCAUCAGUGGAGUCAACCUCAAGGCGAAAGCAGAACACGAGGAGCCCUUGGACCGCACAGACUUCACCGAGGUCAUGCGGAGAGCCACUCCUGUGAAGAACUUGGUUCAGUUGAGAAGAAGGCUGCGGAUCAAGCACCAAACCUGCGAGGCCGCUGUGCAAGCAGCCUUCGGCCGUCGCCAGGUCUUGGAUCGCGAGACCUUCCGAGACUUCAUGAUUGACCAUGGCGUCUCAGGCCGCGAGGCCUAUCAUCAUUUCACGAAAAUGACCAAGCACAAUGAGACCACAGGGAAGGAAGAGGUCGAAGGCGGAGGUGAGGAGGCACCACAGGAGGUGACGCGCUUGGCAUUCCUGAAGUCGCUGCUCCAUGCGGAAGGCUUGCAAGCAGCGGAAGCCUUUCGCGCCGAGCUGGUGCAGCUCCUCUUCGACCGUGGUGGCAGUGCCGGCUUGACGAGCGAACGCCGUGGGCGUCGGACGGCUGCCUUGCUGACGCAAGAACUCCUUUCAACGCUCAUGCAAGGCGUGGAUCGUGUUUGGGAUGAGGUGGACAGCCCAGCAGUGGCCAAGCGAAAGCGCUCCACUUCCCUGGUCGUCCCCGUGCCCCACGGGCCGCAUGCGCCGCAUGCGCCACAUGCGCACGGCUUGGGGGCACGCGCCAGCAUGCUCAAUUCCUUGAUGACCUCGGCACCUGCUACGCAGGCUCCGCCCAUGGAGGUGGUGCCGGUGGUCCAACCCGUGGCCCAACCUGUCGCCUCAUCCACUCGGAGGGCCAGUGCCAGUGCCAUGAUGCAAGCGCGACGGACGAGCAUGGCGGAGCAACUCUCCCAGGACGUGGCAGCCUUGGGAGGACGCAUGGAGGCUGAGGCGGAGGUCGCCUUGCCCGAAGGUGGCACCAGCAAGCAUUUCAACACCAGCGGCUUACCCUCUGAGCUGGCGAAGUCCGCGUCCCGACGCGCCAGCGAAGCUGGCGCGCAGUCCACGGCACAACACAACAUGGCGAUGGGCUUCGCCGGCGUGUCGCAACGGAGGAGGUCCUUGGCACAGCCUAUGAGUGGCGGGAUGCUUUUGUCGGGAGCUCACUUGGAGGCGCAUGCGCAAGGCCACGAGCACGAGGACAGCUCCAGCAGUUCUUCCGCCUCCUCCGCACCGCGUGUGCUGCUGCAGGGGCAGCCACUGGACCCACGUACCGCCUCGGGCGGCCGUGUGGCACGUGUACCGCGGCGCUCGAGCGACUCGGGCAGCGAGCUGAGUGCCUUAAGCGCGUUGACAGGAUCCAGGAGGAGCGUCUCCGCCUCUUCGUUCCGCUCCAGUGCUCCUUCCUCAUGCAGCUCACAGCACUCUGGUCAUGAGAGCUCCAGUCUUUCCAGCGAGAGAAGUCAAUCAAAGCGCUUGAAGAUCUUCGCGGACAAGAUGCAUCAUGAGACAGAGCUGCAGUAUGACAAGGCCUUGAUGAAGGUCUUCUGCCAGCUAGUGAAUCCGAAGGUCGACUUGUGGACGCCGAUGUCGCGAGAGGAGUUCGUGAAGUCGGUGAGCAAGCUAAAGUUGGGAGAGGAGGGAGCCAAAGCGGUCUUCAAGCUUUCUGCCCGCUCGGAGGGCCAUGCGCCCAUGGGCGAGAUUUUGCUGCGGGCGCUGGGUGGCUUUGGGCGCAAGUACCGGAAGCUCCGCGGGCUCUUGGGUUUGGCUGUUGAGGGAAGCAGCCGUGGUUCCUCCAAAGCCUCUGUGGCACCUGAGCACGCGGAGGAGGUGAAGGAAGACGUUAAAGCCUUAGAGAUUGGCUUGGCGAUCGGAAAUCCGACUGAGCUGGAGAAUGCCAGCGAUGACUUGAAGCAACGAGCCAAGGCAAAGCUCAGCAAGGCCGUCAGGAUGAUCGGCCUCACCUUCAACUUGAGCAAGGAAGCCAAGGAGGCGAAGGAGAAGUCGGAGCAAGUCCCAACAGAGCUCUCCGUGGGUGAGGACGGGGAUGCGCCGCAACGCUCGCAGACACAGGGAGGACGGCGUCGAAGUUCCCUGUCCCUGCAGAGCUUACGGAGAUCUUCCACGGUGGGGGCCUUUGCCCAGUCCAAGGGCCUUGCUUCACUCCUCGUGGGUGGCGCACCUUCUUCGGGUGGAGGCGAUGGCACGAGCGAUGCCGAGGACGAGUCGAGCCCACAAAGCGCUGAUUGGCAGCGGUCCAAGUCCAUGAAAAGCCAACCGACCAUGACAAAAGUCAACCUGGACGCGCCCAUCGACCGUGGCUCGCCCCGCCGUCGCAGCUCGCUGACCUCCGCAGCCUCCGCCGUGCUCGCUGCCUCUCCACGUCGCUCCUUGCGGCGGAUGUCCACUGGACGGCGGACCAGCCUCACCUUUGGGCUGGAAGAUGAACCGGAGGCUCCUACAGAGGAGACCUAUGACUUUCUGGAGCCGGUCUGGCAAAGCCGCACCGCGCGCGAGGGCUCCGGCGCCGACUCGGACGUGCGGCGAGCAGAGCGUGAACCCGUAGAGGAGAUGGACCGGUUGAAGCAGUUCAGUGAGAUCGAAGCGAGGGCCUGGCGUGCUCGCAUGCAACUCUUCGACAAGGACACUCUGCAGUUCUCUAUGGCCCUGGAAGCCCUGCAACAGUCCUGCAUGGCCUUGCAAAAGUCCUUCAAGGGCCGAUGGACUCGGGCUUUUGAGUAUCUGGCGGGUGAGGAAAAGACACUCACGGCAGUCAAUCUACAAGAGGCCUUAGCCUCCGCCACAGAGAAAGAGGUGCCGCUAUGGCAGGUGGACGGCAUGACGCAGGUGCUCCUGUCCGUGGAGGGCAAGGACGACUCGCGCGACGCCGAGUCGUGCGACGGAGACCUUGUCCUCCGCAGACUUCUUGCGCGCCACGCACUUCCUCCAGCCAUGCCAAAGCUUGCUGCAGCUUCGAGCACGCCUUGUCGCCCGCUUUGGAUCCCUCGAGGCGGCGUUGGAGGCGUUGGAGGCGCACCUGCACCCCUUAGAGGUCUUCUCAGUGGAUCAAGUGGAGGCCUUGUUCCUUGCAUGUGGUGUCCUACCAUCC